AUGCGCAGUUACGGAACUUACUUCCCAAUGAAGACUGAAAAGAAGAUGGCUGCCGUGAACUUCCGAUGCCGUAAAUCUGCACCAAGGGUUUGGGAAACUAUUGACCCGUAUCCAGACCUCCAGGCCCUGUUCCAUGAGUUCAAUCAGCGCUUCUUUUCCGGGAUGUUGCCGGAGAUGGAAGUCAAGUGGAGCACGAAGAUGACUCGAGCGGCUGGUAUGACCCAUCAUUUACUGGGUGACAAUGACAAUUGCGUACAGUGCAAAAUACACCUGAGUCAGCCAAUCCUCGAACUGCGGCCUAGAAGGGACACCGUGGAAUCCCUUCUCCAUGAGAUGAUCCAUGCCUACCUGUGUGUCACAAAAUCAAAAGAUCCGGGUGAUGAUCACGGCCCCAAUUUUCAACAUCUUAUGGGAAUCCUUAAUGAAACUCUUGGCACAAACAUAGCGAUUCAACACAACUUUCACAAAGAAGUUGAGGCAUUAAAGAAGCAUCAGUGGGAAUGCGAUGGGCCCUGCAAAAAGAUUGUGAAAAGAGCAAGAAACCUGGCGCCCUCCGCCAAGGAGCGCUGGUUCCAAGAGCAUGAGCAGACAUGUGGAGGAAAUUUCAUAAAGACCUCUGAGCCUUAGGGUCCUGCACAGAAGAGACCCUCACUAUGGGAAUGCUAAACUAAUACGGCAUAGCUCUGGAGGUUUGGAGAAAACAUGUGAUCUCCAUAGAGAGCUGGCAUGAGAUGUUUCACAUGGGCAAAGACUCCUACGUCUACGUUGAAUUGGCCAAGGACUAUGUA